AUGGCUGACUGGGCAGUAAAUUUGAUCACCUUGAUUGAUAAAGAAGGUCUGUCGUUGAAGAAAUGGAAAGUGGAAAAAGCCAUUAGAAGUAGAAUUUAUAUCUGUGGACUGCAAGUUAUUGUGCAAUUGACCAAAGACCUGAUAGGACCGUAA